UAGAAAAAAAGAAAAAGAAAAAAGGGGGUUUCUUUUUUUAAGAUGGUUUAAUUUGAUAGACAAAGAAAUCUUUUUGGAAACCCUGGCCGGAUGGAAAUAAUGGAGUCUCAGAACAAUAAAAGCACCAGUAGCAGUGACCACCAUCACCACCAUGGCCUGAAACAAGAAUCUUCACUGCAACUGGCCUCUCCUGAUGGUCAACAACAAGCAGCUGCUGCUGGCGCACAUGGGACCUCUUCUCAUGAUCAGGCUCAGGCGGCCCCAGCCCAUGUCCCAUUCAUGGGCUCCAUUUCCAACCAAGUUGGGGUUCAGUGCUCUUCCUCCCCUACUUCCACUUCUUCCCUCGCUAAACCUACAGCUGCCAAAAGACCCACCAAGGACCGCCACACUAAGGUCGAUGGCCGUGGCCGCCGCAUCCGCAUGCCCGCCAUCUGCGCCGCCAGAGUCUUCCAACUCACCAGGGAAUUAGGCCAUAAAUCUGAUGGUGAAACCAUCGAGUGGCUGCUUCAACAGGCGGAGCCAGCCAUCAUAGCUGCCACAGGAACUGGCACCAUCCCAGCCAAUUUCUCUACUCUCAACGUUUCACUUCGCAGCAGUGGCUCUACUAUUUCAGCUCCUUCAUCAAAAUCUGCACCUCUCUCUUUCCACAGUGCUUUAGGUUUUUACAACAGUAAUGGAGAUGACAGUAGAAGGUUUAGCAACAACCCUGCUGGUGCUGCCAUGUUAGGGUUUCACCAUCAGCUGUACCCUCAGAUCCUGAACCCUGAUACCUCCAUGAGAAGUACUAACCCUAUCGAGAAUUACACCACAAAGCCAUUCAGAGAAGACAUUUUCAAGGAAACAUCUCAACACAACGCUGAAACGGGUGGUGUAGACGCAAAUUCUGCUAAACCGGAGAGAACCGGAAUCCAAGACCAAGAACCCGGUUCUUUUCGCACAGCUAACAUGGUACCAGCUCCAGCUAUGUGGGCAGUUGCGCCUGCCACCACCAAUGGAGGUAAUGCAUUUUGGAUGCUGCCAGUAGGUGGUGGUGCCACCGCAUCAGCCAGUGUGCCAGAAACCCAGAUGUGGACGUUUCCAGCUCAUUAUUCAGGUGGGGGUCGGGUGAGUCCAGUUCAGCUGGGUUCAAUGAUAUUGCAACAACAGCAGCUUGGUUUAGGAGUGACAGAAACUAAUAUGGGGUUACUUGGCAGUGGAAUUAAUCUUUACAACAACAAUAAUAGAGUUGGUUUAGGAAUGAAUUUGGAGCAACAGCAUCAAGAAAACCAUACCCAAGGCAGUGACAAUGGAGAUGAAAAUCAUGCAACAGAUUCUCAAUGAUAAAAUUUGGUCAAAUCACAAUUUUUUGGAGCCAGGUUCCAAUAUUGCUUUCUUUUCUUUUUGUAAAUGCUUGUGUUCUUUUUUUUUUUUUUCUACUUUUUUGGGAUUGUUGAUUGUUAUUAGUAGCUUUGAUCAUCCUCGGAUGCUGAAAUGUAAUCCAUGUGUAGUUGGGUGUCAAAAAUGGCCAUUAAACUAACACAAGCCAUCAUUGCCCCCACUUUUCCCAGUGUGAAAAUAUAUUGAAGAAGAAAGAAAAAAAAAAAAAAAAGGUUCUUUUCAUGCUAUGGUUAUUUGAUUGUUUUGUUCAAAUUCUUUCUUUGCGGGCAAUUAGGAUAAAGAAAUGUGGCCAUUAAAGGAAGGAGAGAUGGAAGACAAGA